GAGACGCACAGUAUAAAGCAGGCAGCCUCCUCACGGGGCAGUUGUUUGGUUGUGGUCCGAGGGUCAGUGGAAACUUGGAGGACGCGUCGUCAGUCCGGUGUGUGUCCAGAGUGUGUCCAGAGCGCGUCCCUUGUGUGUCCGGUGUGUGUCCGGUGUGUGUCUGGUGCUAGAGCCCGAGAGGAGCCGUCACCAUGCCCCGCUUCGACAUGAAGGAGUUUGGGGAGGCUGGAGUGUUUUUGCGCAAAACUGAGCUGGAGAUACUGACGGGACAGAAAGCUUUUGAUGGAAAAAAGCGAGCCUGGAUCCCCGACGAAAAGGAGGCCUACAUCGAGAUAGAAAUCAAAGAGCUCAGCGGAGACAAAGUCAUCGUGGAGACUAAAGAUGGGAAGACCCUGACCGUGAAGGACUCAGACAUCCAGCAGAUGAACCCUCCUAAGUAUGACAUGAUUGAAGACAUGGCCAUGCUCACGCACCUCAACGAGGCCUCUGUGCUCAACAACCUGCGCAGGCGCUACGCCGCCUGGAUGAUCUACACGUACUCCGGGCUGUUCUGUGUCACGGUGAACCCGUACAAGUGGCUCCCGGUGUACACGGCCCCGGUGGUGGCGGCGUAUAAAGGAAAGAGGCGCAGCGAGUCGCCGCCGCACAUCUACUCCAUCGCAGACAACGCGUACAACGACAUGCUGCGAAAUCGAGAGAACCAGUCAAUGCUCAUCACCGGAGAAUCCGGUGCUGGCAAAACUGUCAACACGAAACGUGUCAUUCAGUAUUUUGCCAUUGUGGCAGCUCUUGGGGAAACAACUGCUAAGAAAGGACAAGGUCCUGCCACUAAAACAGGGGGGACUUUGGAAGACCAGAUCAUUGAAGCAAAUCCUGCUAUGGAGGCGUUUGGAAAUGCCAAAACGCUGAGGAACGACAAUUCAUCUCGCUUUGGCAAGUUUAUCAGAAUCCACUUUGGACCUACUGGCAAACUGGCCUCAGCCGACAUUGAUAUAUAUCUUCUGGAAAAAUCCAGAGUGAUAUUUCAGCAGCCUGGGGAGCGCAGUUACCACAUCUACUACCAGAUCAUGUCUCAGAAGAAACCUGAGCUCUUAGACAUGCUGCUGGUGUCAUCCAACCCCUAUGAUUACCACUUCUGCUCCCAAGGAGUCACCACUGUGGAGAACUUAGAUGAUGGACAGGAGCUUUUGGCUACUGAUCAUGCCAUGGAUAUCUUGGGUUUCCUGCCUGAUGAGAAGUAUGGCUGUUAUAAAAUAGUUGGCGCAAUCAUGCAUUUUGGCAACAUGAAGUUCAAGCAGAAGCAGCGCGAAGAACAGGCAGAGGCUGACGGCACUGAAAGUGCAGACAAGGCCUCCUACCUGAUGGGAGUCAGUUCAGCUGAUCUCAUUAAAGGUUUGCUCCACCCUCGAGUGAAGGUGGGCAAUGAGUACGUCGUAAAGGGGCAGAACGUAGAACAGGUUAAUUAUGCGGUCGGUGCUCUGGCAAAAGCCACGUAUGACCGCAUGUUCAAGUGGCUGGUGGGACGCAUUAAUCGCACUCUGUACACCUCCCUGCCUCGCCAGUUCUUCAUAGGAGUCCUGGACAUCGCUGGCUUUGAGAUUUUUGAGCUCAACAGCUUUGAACAGCUGUGCAUCAAUUUCACAAAUGAAAAACUGCAACAGUUUUUCAACCACCACAUGUUUAUCCUGGAGCAGGAAGAAUACAAAAGGGAGGGAAUCGAGUGGACUUUCAUUGACUUUGGUCUUGACCUUCAGGCUUGUAUUGAUCUAAUUGAAAAGCCUCUGGGAAUUAUGUCCAUCCUUGAAGAGGAGUGCAUGUUCCCAAAGGCCACGGACAGUAGCUUUAAAGCUAAACUGUAUGACAAUCACAUUGGAAAAUCACCCAAUUUCCAAAAGCCUCGACCGGACAAGAAGCGCAAAUUUGAGGCCCAUUUUGAGCUGGUGCAUUAUGCUGGCGUGGUGCCAUACAACAUUAUUGGGUGGCUUGAUAAAAAUAAAGACCCUCUAAAUGAGACAGUCGUAGCGUGUUUUCAGAAGUCGGCCAACAAGCUGCUGGCCUCGCUGUAUGAGAACUAUGUUGUCUCAGACACAGCGACAUCUGAAACCAAGUCUGGGGGCAAGGAGAAGAGGAAAAAGGCAGCCUCAUUCCAGACUGUGUCCCAGCUUCAUAAGGAAAACCUUAACAAGCUGAUGACUAACUUAAGAAGCACUCAGCCUCACUUUGUCCGGUGUAUCAUCCCGAAUGAGACCAAGACUCCCGGGAUCAUGGACCCCUUCAUGGUACUCCACCAGCUGCGCUGCAAUGGUGUGCUGGAGGGCAUCAGAAUCUGUAGGAAGGGCUUUCCUAACCGCAUACUUUACGCUGAGUUCAAACAGCGUUAUCGCAUCUUAAACCCUCAAGCCAUCCCAGAUGAUAAGUUUAUGGACAGCAGAAAAGCGGCCGAGAAACUGCUGAGUUCAUUAGACAUCGAUCACAACCAGUACAGGUUUGGACACACAAAGGUCUUCUUUAAAGCAGGUCUCCUGGGUCACCUGGAAGAACUGAGGGACGAGCGUUUGGCCAAAUGUCUGACGAUGCUGCAGGCCAUGGCUCGAGGAAAGAUUAUGAGACUAGAGCUGCAUAAGAUGAUGGAGAGGAAAGAGGCGCUGAUGAUCAUCCAGUGGAACAUUCGAGCAUUUAACGCGGUCAAACACUGGCCAUGGAUGAAACUCUUCUUCAAAAUUAAGCCUCUGUUGAAGAGCGCGGCCACAGAGAAGGAGCUAGCCUCUCUGAAGGAAGAGCUGAACAAACUGAAGGAGGCUCUGGAGAAGUCAGAGCAGAAGAGGACGGAGCUCGAGGAGCGGCAGGUCAGCCUGAUCCAAGAGAAGAACGACCUGUCGCUGCAGCUUCAGGCGGAGCAAGACAACCUGGCUGAUGCAGAGGACCGAUGUGACCUGCUCAUCAAGACCAAGAUCCAGCUGGAGGCCAAAGUGAAGGAGCUGAUGGAGAGGCUCGAGGAUGAGGAAGAGAUGAAUGCCAAUCUUCUCGCCAAGAAGCGCAAGCUUGAGGAUGAGUGUGCCGAGCUCAAAAAGGACAUUGAUGAUCUGGAGAUCACCUUGGCCAAAGUGGAGAAGGAGAAACAUGCCACUGAGAACAAGGUGAAGAAUCUUAUUGAAGAGAUGGCAGCUCUGGAUGAAGCUAGUCUGAAGCUGUCCAAGGAAAAGAAAGCCCUUCAGGAGGCCCAUCAGCAGACUCUGGAUGACCUGCAGGCAGAGGAAGACAAAGUCAAUGUCCUGACCAAGGCCAAGACCAAGCUGGAGCAGCAAGUGGAUGAUUUGGAGAGUUCUCUGGAACAGGAGAAGAAGAUCCGUUUAGACCUAGAACGCGUUCGUCGCAAACUAGAGGGUGAUCUGAAGCUGUCUAUGGAGUCUCUGAUGGACCUGGAGAACGACAAGCAGCAACUUGACGAGAAGCUGAAAAAAAAAGACUUUGAGAUUAAUGAGAUGAGUGGGAAAAUUGAAGAUGAGCAAGCUCUGGUCAACCAGCUGCAAAAGAAGAUAAAAGAGCUACAGGCUCGCAGUGAGGAGCUGGAGGAGGAGCUGGAGGCAGACCGGGCCUGCAGGGCCAAAGUGGAGAAGCAGCGUGGCGAUGUGGCCCGAGAGCUGGAGGAGCUGAGCGAGCGCCUGGAGGAGGCCGGAGGGGCCACAUCAGCUCAGGUGGAGAUCAACAAGAAGAGAGAAUCUGACUUCCUGAAACUACGACGGGAUCUGGAGGAAGCCAUGCUCCACCACGAGGCCACCGCAGCUGCACUGAGGAAAAAGCACGCAGACAGUGUUGCUGAGCUGGGCGAGCAGAUUGACAGCCUCCAGAGGGUCAAGCAGAAGCUGGAGAAGGAGAGGAGUGAGGCCAAAAUGGAGGUGGAUGACCUGGCUUCUACAGUGGAGCAGCUGUCCAAAGCCAAGGCCACUUCUGAGAAAAUGUGUCGCUCGUAUGAAGACCAGAUGAACGAAGCAAAAGCUAAAGUUGAGGAGCUCCAGAGGCAGCUCAGUGACACCAACACCCAGAAGGCCCGAGCUCAGGCCGAGAGUGCCGAGCUUGCCAGAAAACUUGAAGAGCGGGAGGCUCUGGUGUCUCAACUCCAACGUAGUAAGAACUCUUUGGGUCAAAAUGUGGAGGAGCUCAAGAAGCAGUUGGAAGAGGAAAACAAGGCCAAGAGUGCUCUGGCACACGCACUGCAGUCGUCCCGCCAUGACUGUGACCUCCUGAGGGAGCAGUAUGACGAGGAGCAGGAGACCAAGGCGGAGCUGCAGAGAGCUCUGUCCAAAGCAAACGUGGAGGUGGCUCAGUGGAGGACCAAGUACGAGACUGACGCCAUCCAGAGAACUGAGGAGCUGGAGGAGGCCAAGAAGAAGCUGGUGGUGCGUCUCCAGGAAAUGGAGGAGAAUGUAGAGGCAUCAAAUGCCAAAUGCUCCUCUCUGGAGAAGACUAAACACCGACUCCAAACUGAGAUUGAGGACUUGGUCAUUGACCUUGAGAGAGCCAACGCUGCAGCUGCUGCCCUGGACAAGAAACAACGCAACUUCGACAAGGUGCUGGCUGAGUGGAGGCAAAAGUAUGAGGAGUGUCAGACCGAGCUAGAGGCAUCUCAAAAGGAGUCUCGCAGCCUGAGCACAGAGCUUUUUAAACUCAAGAACUCCUAUGAGGAGACACUGGAACAUCUGGAGUCCCUCAAGAGAGAGAACAAGAACCUCCAAGAGGAAAUCACUGACCUGACCGAUCAAAUCAGUCAGGGGUCUAAGACCAUUCAUGAGCUAGAGAAAAUCAAGAAGGGCCUGGACCUAGAGAAGAGUGAGAUUCAAGCUGCUCUGGAAGAGGCGGAAGGCACUCUAGAGCAUGAGGAGAGUAAAACUCUGCGCAUCCAGUUGGAGUUGAACCAGAUCAAAGCAGAUCUGGAUAGAAAACUAGCAGAAAAGGAUGAGGAGCUGGACAACCUGAGACGUAAUCACCAGAGAACUCUGGAGUCCAUGCAGGCGACACUUGAUGCUGAAGCCAAGUCUCGCAACGAAGCAGUGCGCUUGAGGAAGAAAAUGGAGGGUGACUUGAAUGAAAUGGAAGUGCAGCUGAACCAUGCCAACAGACAGGCCGCAGAGUCCCAGAAGCAACUUCGCAACCUGCAGGUCCAAAUUAAGGAUGUUCAGCUGGAGCUGGAUGAUACAGUUCAUAAGAAUGAGGAGCUGAGGGAGCAAAUGGCGGUGACGGAGCGCAGGAACACCCUGUUAGCGGCGGAGGUGGAGGAGCUGCGCUCGCUGCUGGAGCAGAAUGACCGCGCGCGGAAACUGGCCGAGCACGAGCUGCUGGAGUCCACUGAGCGAGUCAACCUGCUGCACUCUCAGAACACUGGACUGAUCAACCACAAAAAGAAACUUGAAAGUGAUCUAUCCAUGCUGUCUGGAGAGGUGGAUGAAGCAGUGCAGGAGUGUCGUAACGCAGAGGAGAAGGCCAAAAAGGCCAUCACUGAUGCGGCCAUGAUGGCUGAGGAACUGAAGAAAGAGCAGGACACUAGCGCUCAUCUGGAGAGGAUGAAGAAAAACAUGGAGCAAACCAUCAAAGACCUGCAGAUGCGUUUGGAUGAGGCUGAACAGAUUGCCCUCAAAGGGGGCAAAAAGCAACUGCAAAAGCUGGAGGCCAGGGUCAAAGAACUUGAAAAUGAACUGGAAGCUGAGCAAAAGAAAAGCCAGGAAUAUCAAAAAGGAGUACGCAAGUAUGAAAGGAGGAUCAAAGAGCUCUCCUACCAGGCAGAGGAGGACAAAAAGAAUAUGAUCCGUCUUCAAGACCUGAUUGACAAGCUCCAGGCCAAACUCAAGGGCUACAAAAGGCAGGCAGAAGAAGCGGAGGAGCAGGCCAACACCAAUCUAUCCAAGUACAGAAAACUGCAGCAUGAGCUGGACGAUGCAGAGGAGAGAGCGGAAAUGGCUGAAUCCCAGGUCAACAAGCUCCGAGUGCGCACCCGCGACCAAGGCAGCAAGCAUGCAGAGUGAUGCUGCGGACAACAGCGGCUGAGCAUACCAGAGGAUGCCAGCCCAGACAGCUGAGUGUGACAGAGACUUGUGCCAAUAAAGACUUUUGAACUUA